AUGAAAGUCUCAGAGGAUCAAGUUGUUGAAGAGGAUGCUACAUUUCAGGAUGAGGAGGAUUCUUUUUUCCAAGACAUUGACCUUCUGCAAAAACAUGGCAUAAAUAUGGCAGACAUAAAAAAAAUGAAGACAGUGGGCAUCUGCACUGUUAAGGGAAUCCAAAUGACGACUCGCAAGGCAUUGUGCAACAUUAAGGGAUUGUCGGAAGCAAAAGUGGAAAAAAUCAAGGAGGCUGCUGGGAAGAUGCUGAAUGUUGGUUUCCAGACUGCCUUUGAGUACAGUGCCAAGAGGAAGCACGUUUUCCACAUCACAACCGGGAGUCAGGAGUUUGAUAAACUGUUGGGUGGAGGAAUGGAGAGUAUGGCUAUCACAGAAGCCUUUGGUGAGUUCCGUACAGGAAAAACACAGCUCUCCCAUACACUUUGUGUCACUGCUCAGCUGCCAGGAGAAGAUGGCUACUCAGGCGGGAAGGUCAUCUUUAUCGACACAGAGAACACCUUUCGCCCAGACAGACUGAGAGACAUUGCUGAAAGGUUUAAUGUGGACCAUGAUGCUGUCCUUGACAAUGUUCUUUAUGCCCGGGCCUACACAAGUGAACAUCAGAUGGAGCUAUUGGACUUUGUAGCGGCCAAAUUCCAUGAAGAAGGAGGGGUCUUCAAGCUUCUGAUUAUUGACUCCAUCAUGGCUCUGUUCAGAGUGGAUUUCUCGGGCCGAGGUGAGUUGGCUGAGAGGCAGCAGAAACUGGCCCAGAUGCUCUCCAGACUGCAGAAGAUCUCUGAAGAGUACAAUGUUGCUGUGUUUGUGACCAACCAAAUGACUGCUGAUCCUGGUGCAGGGAUGACAUUCCAAGCUGAUCCCAAGAAGCCAAUCGGCGGCCACAUCCUGGCCCAUGCUUCCACCACAAGGUUGAGCUUGAGGAAGGGACGCGCUGAGAUGAGAAUUGCCAAAAUAUUUGACAGCCCAGAUAUGCCUGAAAAUGAGGCCACUUUUGCCAUCACAGCUGGAGGAAUUACUGAUGCUAAAGAGUGA